GUGGGGGCCUAGAAGAGCAGUCUCAGAGGCUGGACCAAAAGGAGGCAGCAUUUAAAUUGGGCCUUGAAGGGUAAAUAAGAGUUUUGCUGUCAAGUGGGGUCUGGAAAUGCAGGGCAUUCUGAGCUCAUCUGGAAAAUUUGAAAGGAUUGGUGGGAUUGGUAUGCUGGGUGGCAGCACGGGAAAGGGACGGAAGUGGCAAGCCAGGAAGCCGGAAAUUGGUUGGGGACAGAUUGUGAAAUAGGGCACAGAGAAGAGACAGCCUCUGUCCUGUCUCAGUGGGGGAAGCAGUAUAGUGAACAACCAAGUCUAUGUUUUAGAAAGAUGUCUUGAGCCUGGCGCGGUGGUUCACGCCUGUAAUCCCAGCACUUUGGGAGCCGUAGGGUUUGUGUCCUGGUCACAAUGGUUAGCGUAUUUUUAAUCUGGGCAAGACGGGAGGAUGACAAGGAAGGGGGUGGAUAAGAGUGUAGGGACAAUAAGCUUGUGCUGAGUGGGACCGGUGGCGGUGCCUCUGGUAGAUGAUGGACUCUUACUCUGAGACCAUCUGGACAACUUUGGACAGGACGAGGCGGGCCCUGGCAGGAGACUGCCUACGUCCAGGCGACAGCGGAUGUCAGUUCAAAAUCAGCACUGCUGAAGAGCCCGGAGGCCCAGGGUGGGCGCUAUGGCAGGAGAGAGAAAAGGAGGCAGGGCGGGUAGGGGUGGCCCCAGAUGUGGCAAACUUGGCUCAGCAGCGUGCAUGUGGGCAGUGCUGAAGCCCGCAUCGGGCUGGGGGAUUCGCCCCGCCCUGGCCCAAGGACGAAGGAAUCCGAGCUGGGGGCCUGGCGCAGAGGCGAAAGGGGGGCGCCAGGGUGGUGAGGCAGACGGAAAGAGAGAUGGCAGGAAGCCGGGAGGAGCGCGCGGGGGAGGAGACCGCCGAGGGGAAGGGAAAGGGGCGGGUUGGAGGGCUGAAGAGCGGGAGAGGGAAGACGAGGAGGGCCGAGGGGAGGAGAGAAGAGAGGAAGGGUGGGGAGAGGAGGAAAGGAAGAGAGGACUAGGAGGGGAGUAAGGCGAGGAGGCCGCGGCGGGCGCAGCAGGCACCUGGGCCGGGCCGCCCCGACGAGCAAGGCGCCGCCAUUCCGCUGCUCGGGGCGCCGCCGCCGCCGCCGCCGCGCCCGGGGGCCAUGCUCCCGCCGCCCCCGCGCCAGCCGCCGCCCCAGGCGCGUGCGGCCCGCGGCGCGGUGCGCCUGCAGCGGCCCUUCCUGCGCAGUCCGCUGGGCGUGCUGCGGGUGCUGCAGCUGCUGGCCGGCGCCGCCUUCUGGAUCACUAUCGCCACGAGCAAGUACCAGGGUCCCGUGCACUUCGCGCUCUUCGUGUCCGUGCUCUUCUGGCUGCUCACCCUGGGCCUCUACUUCCUCACGCUGCUGGGCAAGCACGAGCUGGUCCCCGUGCUGGGCUCGCGCUGGCUCCUGGUCAACGUGGCGCACGACGUGCUGGCGGCCGCGCUCUACGGCGCCGCGACCGGCAUCAUGAGCGACCAGAUGCAGCGCCACAGCUACUGCAACCUCAAGGAUUACCAGCUGCCCUGCGCCUACCACGCCUUCCUGGCGGCCGCCGUCUGCGGCGGCGUCUGCCACGGCUUCUACCUGCUCUCGGCGCUCUAUGGCUGCGGCCGUCGCUGCCAGGGCAAGCAGGAGGUGGUGUGAGCAGCCCGCGCCCGCCGCGGCCGGAUCGGGGCGGAGGACCCCCGGGAGACCAGCGCCCCCAGUCCCUGCCGCCGCCCCGCGCGGGUGCGGCCUGGCACCCUCCCCCUACCCUCGAGCGUUUCCACUGUCGCCCGCGCCCAGGGACCCUGACGCGCAGCUCCCGCCUGACUGCCUUGCCGCCGUCCCCGCCGCCCAGAAUCCCGAACGCCGCGCCGGACGCGCCGUCUCCAGGGACCAGCGUAGGGCUGCGAUCCGAGGGGCGGACGCACGCUCGCAGACUAGCUGCCCCGAGGCCAAACCUCGCGGUUCCAGUUCCCUUCCCUGCUGAUUCUAAGACGUGGACAGGCGCCGCGUAGAUCCGGGGGAGGCUCCCAAAUUGGAACCAGGCUUCUGGCUGCCCCCUUCCCUCCCACCCCGCGGUCGGAAGCGCACCCCCUUCCCCGGCCCCUCGUCCAGCUGUAAAACGCUGGAGCUGGGCCGCGGGCGGAGCUGAGAACAGGCCUUGGCUGAUCCUAGGAUGACCGGCGAGUUUGUUUUUAGCUUGGGAUUGUGCGGGCGUCCUGCGAAGCUCCUUCCCGCCUGUCUCUCGGUGGUGGGAUGUCUUGGGGUGGGGCCCAUCGGCCAAGGUGGGGACGGAUAGGAGGAGCCGGUGGGCUGUACCCUUAUACUUCUAGAGUCUCCUCUUGCCUCUGCCUACUCCGCCUUUGUCCUUCAAGGUUUUUUUACAGGCCAGUCCCAAACGCACGCUAACUGACCUGGCCUCUCCGUGACACAAGGGUCUUCCCAGCCUUCCUUACCUGCUUCUGCCGCCCCUCUCAUCUUCCCCCAUAUCUGUUUGCAUUAGGAGCCCCACAACCAUGGCGGAAUAUUAAGGUGAACCCCACCCCUUCUUACAGAUGGGGACCCAGAGCCUGCUCUUGGGAACAGCCAGAGUAAGAUUGGAAUCGGGACUCAUAGCCCAGCGCUGUUUGCAUUGAAAGGGUGGGUGAGUCAGGACCCCUAGCUCAGGAGCCGCCUCUCGAAAAGGGGGUUUCAAGGCCAAGUUGAUUUGUCAACGGGGCUGUCUCCCCUUCUUGGAGAUGCUCAUUAGCUUAUCAAAGACUCUGAGAAGUUUCGCUGUUACAGAAUUAAUUUAGUUUACAGUAUUAGCUGCUCCUGGGCCUGGAGCAGUAUUCCUGCCUGGAGGUUCCCAGCAGCCCUGUGCUGUCCCGGCUCUCAUUCAUGCCUAAGGGCUCAACCCAUUGGUUGUGUUCCGUUUGAAGAUUUGGGGAGAUCCUUCUUUUUCUCUUCCCCAGGGAAUUUCUCUAGCAGAGGGAGGGGACCCACCCCAGUGAGGAAGGAGAUUACUGACCCUAGCCAGAGACCUGAACUAGGGAAUACGAACAUUCCUUGACGUUGUUGGAGAAAUGAAGCCAGAGUUAUUCAGAUGGUUUUCCCAGUCUAAAGGAAAGUCACCUGCAAGAGAUCCUGGUGCUGACCUGCAGCAGCUGGCAGGGUGGGUCUCGCUUACCAAAGGGAAGAACCACUUUCUGGCGCUGGGGUGACCUGCUGGCUGGGCCUGUAAGGUUUCCAUGUUGCUGAGGCCACAGAGAAUACCAGAGCUGGUCACACUGACUGCUUCCAGGGCCCGCUGCCCUGGGCUGGCAACACUGUUCUGGCCUGGGCCUGCAGAAGCUUUCAGAGUCUUCACUGACAGUAGCGGGAGGUGGGGAGAGAAAUGACCUCUGUCUAGUAGUUUCCUUUCCACAUCGUGCAAUGGAAGAUCCCAGAUGGGUGAAGAUUGAUUUUGCCUUAACCCAAGAGAAUUCCUGUUCUCCUUGUGCUGUGGUUUGGACACAAGAUUCUGGACACCUGGAAAUUAGCUGUAUACUCCUGGACCCUAAACAAUGGGUUUGACUUCUAGCCUUUAUUCUUUUUUUCUUUUUUCAGAUCACCAUCUAAGUUAUACCUUUAGCUCAGGUCCAGCCUUCUCAAGAUCUCCCUCUUAGCCCCCCAGCCCCUGGUGCUGUCUGUGGUCAGGUGACCUUACUUAGGAGCAGAUAUCUCCUUGGCCGCCACGGAGCUGCAUCCAUCCACAUGUGCCUGUAGCAUUCCAGAGCUCACUGCUCUUAGAUGUGCCUUCCCACUGGGCUUCCAGCAGCUCUGUGCUCCCUUUGUCUGCCAGGUAUGAGAAGGACGUGUAAGACCGCCACCACACUCACCCUCCCUCAAGGCCCUGUGCCAUAGAGGUGGCCACCUGACCUGCCCCCAGAAUUUUUGGAUAGUGGAGGCAGUCACAUAAGCCUCCCUCUUUGGACACCAGGACUCAGUCCAGCCCAAGACCACUCUGGGCAGCUCUCAUCCUGGUCUGGGGCCAUUUGCAGACUCAGGACAGGAUUUCUGCAGUGUUCUAUAAAAGCCAAAAGAGAGAGUGGGUUUGGGAAGAAUGAGGGUGGCUGGGGAGAGGGGACCGAUGUGCCUCAUUAUUUAGUGGUGAUUCCUCAUACGCUUUUCUGGAUAAAGUUUGGUUGUCUGCUUUUGG